AUGCCGUCGGAGAAGACCUGCAAACAGCGCCGAACCUUCGAACAAAGAGUAGAAGAUGUCCCACUUAUCCGAGAGCAGCAUCCUACCAAAAUCCCGGUAAUAAUAGAACGAUACAAAGGUGAGAAGCAGCUUCCAGUCCUGGAUAAAACAAAGUUCCUGGUGCCUGACCAUGUCAACAUGAGUGAGCUCAUCAAGAUAAUUAGAAGGCGCUUACAGCUCAACGCUAAUCAAGCCUUCUUCCUGUUAGUGAAUGGACAUAGCAUGGUGAGUGUGUCCACACCGAUUUGUGAAGUGUAUGAGAGUGAGAAGGAUGAAGAUGGAUUCCUGUAUAUGGUAUACGCCUCUCAGGAGACUUUUGGAAUGAAAUUGUCUGUGUAAGAGUUUAAAAAAAAAAAAAAAAAAAGCAUCUGUUCUAGAAUUUUUUAAACCCUUAUUUACCAAGGAAUAAAAAAGGGAUGUUACCAACUGAUUGAUCAGUUCAUCUAAUCACAGAUCAUCCAAACAGUAGUGUUCCUGCCUAGGAGUUUUAGGAAGUUGUUUUUUGGGACUUCAAGCAGAAAAACUGAGCUCCAAAUGAGCACAUUCAGCUUUGGGAAACUUUAUUAUUAUUUAACCUACGCUGUCUUGCUUUCACAUUUCAAGUUUAAAAAUAAAAUACUUUGCAUUCUAAGUUGCCAAUAAAAUAGACCUUCAAGUUAUUUUAAUGUUUUUUUUCCCCCAAAAGGAACUUGCAAUUUGAGCAUUCAGAGAGACAUUAACUCUUCUCUUUAGGUUCACAGAAUCUGCCAACUUUUUAUAGAAGGGUUUCUACUCACCUAGAGAAAUCUCCUUUAGAAGGAUCUUUAAGCAUAAGUUGUCAGGCAUAGCCACCCCGCCCCCACCACCCCCAAUACAUUUGCCAUAAUAGUUGGCAAAAAGCGGGGUGGAUGUGGGUGUAAUAGGAAAUAAGAGAACAGACCUCUUGUCCAGGGUUCCUGAUUGCUAAUAAGUGUAUUUCAAGACAGUGCUCUUGUUAUGAAGUUUUCAUUUGGUUUGUUCUCUAGACAGCUGUAACA